UCAUAUGUCAGCAAUGUUAUUGUUAAACUGUAAAUGAAACUGUGCUUAUUUAAAAUCAAUUACUUUACAUCACUUAAAAAGUAAAUGUUCGUGUACAUGUUUAUUCUGUGCUUUUACUGUAGUAUUUGUUAUUAAGUUAAAAUAAAUUAACUUAUAUUAUAAUCGGAAUUGUGUACAUAUUAUCUAUGUGGUAUCUCAAGUCCUCGAUUCAAGUACAAUUACAAUUAAUAAUUUUAAAAAUUAUUUAAGAUAAAAAAUAAUCAAAGUUAAUUUCACCAUGGAAGAAUGGAUAAAAAUCACAUUAUAUUUAUGUAUGUUUGCUUUUUUUCGGGAUUUUCGUCCAGUAGAUUCUUUUUAUACUGCUUAUCUGUCAAGUCCAGCUGUAAAUUUUACUAGCGAACAAAUUAGUGAAGAUAUUUAUCCAGUUAAUGCUUACUCAUGUACAAGUGUUACUAUUAUAAUUUUUCUCAUUACUGACUUUUUCCGUUAUAAACCUAUUGUGGUUCUGGAUGCUCUUUGUUCAAUGUUGAUAUACAUUAUGGUAAUGAAACCUAUUACUUUGUUAAAAGUACAAAUUGCAAUGGGUCUUACAGGAUUAUCGUCAGCCACUGAAUUAGCAUACUCGUCAUACAUUUAUGCAAAAAUUCGAAAUAGAGCACUUUACCAAAAGAUGACUGGAUUUAUUAGAGGGUCAUAUCUUAUGGGUAAAUGUUUAUCUGCAGCAGUCUCACAAAUAUUGGUAUCUUAUUCUGAAAAAAAAUAUGAUUUACUUGUUUAUCUUUCCUUAGCAGGUUCAACAUCGGCUUUUAUUUUUUCUUUUCUUUUGCCUCGUGUAAAAGCUAGUAUUUAUUUUUAUCCAGAAGUUCCUUCUUCUAAUAGAAAACAAUGCAAUUAUAAAACUUUAGAAAAUUUAUCUUUGAAAGACUCGUGUGAAUAUUUUAAUACGCCUGAAACGGCUACAUCUAUUCGGGUUGUAUUACAGCAGUUGUAUUCAGAGUUAAAAGAUACAUUUUAUAACCCAUAUUUGUUAAAGUACUCUAUAUGGACAGGAAUAGCAGGUGGAGUUUAUUUUCAGGUGAUGACGUACAAAGAUGUCUUUUAUAAUGAUUUAAAUAAAAGUGAUCCAGUGAAUAAUAAAUUAUACAAUGGUGCUGUGGAUAGUUUGGCAUUUAUUACGGGUGCAUUUUCUACAUAUUGUUUAGGAUUCUUAAAUCUACAGUGGAAAAGAAUAUCUAAUUUAUAUUUUUUUAUUGGAUGCAUGUUUUGUUGUAUUGUACUUUCACUGACUUAUCUAACAACUUCACUGAACUUGAUAUAUUUGAUGUAUAUUUUGUAUACUAUAAUUUACCAGUCAAUGUUCACAAUAGCGAGGUCUGAAACAGCAAAAUAUUUACAACAUGACAGUUUUGCUUUUAUCAUAGGACUAAAUUACUUUUUUGAGUUGUGUAUGUCAAGUUUAUUUACUUUCGUAAUUGUUCAAGGAUCAAUUUUUGUACUUCCAACAAAUACACAAACUCGGGGGCCUACAGUUAUAUUGCAGAUUCCAUUGGUAGUACAGGGUUACGUCGGGCGCAAUAAGUGAUUUGCACGAAUAGUAUUAAAUAUGUUAUCGUUUCAAUACCUUAAAAUAAUAUAAUGAUGAUAAAAACAUAUAAUAUGAUAUGCCUAUUAUAUUGCUUUUUAUGCCUAUUAAAAGCCAUUGCGGCCUCCCCAAAGGAGGAGGUUUCUGAACUAUUGAUACUCCGGGAUGGAUGGUUAGUCCGUUGCAGGAGAGAGGGAUGGCGACUCUAAUUACCGAACUGAUCUCUUGUUCGGCAUAUGAAGCCGUACGUGACAGAGUUUUGAACCCGAGACAGUGCCCGUCAAGUACUACCUUACCGACUCGGCCACACUGUCCCACUUAUUAUUAAAUUAUAAUUAAUAAUAAUAAUCUAAUUAUUAUUUAGCACAACAGUUUUGUAAAAGAAAACUUUAUAAUCAUUAAUCAAAUACAAUUUAUAAAUCUGUA